CUCAGACAACCCCGAAACCCCUACUGGAAAUGGGGAAUUCAAAGUUUUCCCAUUUUUUGCUGCCAAGAUGGGGACAUCCACCUUAUUCUUACCCUUUAUCUUAGACAAGAAAGAGGAUAGGCAUUCGAACAAAUGAGAAAUUCCAUCCCUCCUUUCAAUAGGGAAGAAAAUAGAGCAAAUACCUUCAAAUCUGUGCUCAAUAAUCCUGAUAUAGUCCCCCCAUUUGUUGGAGCCAAAAGAAAUGAUGCAGUAGUUGAGAUUGUAGCCAGAUUGGAAGAGAUUGAAUACCUUGGCUUGAAGUCUAAAGUUGGAGCUGGUGUUCCGACUUUCUACUCGCGUAAUUUAAUAGCAUCUGAAAGCAUGGAAGUUGAAGGUGGAAAAAAAAUCAUGGAAAAAAAAGGAAACAAGCUGAGUUUGCUGUGGAAGAGCACACUGCUGAACCUUGCACACCUGCAGCUCCAUCGACUUCCAUAGUUCUUAGGAAAAGUCCACGUCUUUUUAUGUUUAGAACAGUCACCCACUGCCCUUGUCCCCAAUGCAAUCUUUAAUAGGCCAAAACGAGAUGUUGCGACUAUUUUAGAAAGUAUAGUUGAUGACAAAGAUUAUAAGACUCGUAUGUCUCCGAACGGCCUUUUUAACCUCUUGCAGAGGUUAAAUGGUGAGCAAAAAAAAGCUGUUGAAGAG